GACCGAGUCCAUCUCAGAUAGGACCUCAUCCAUCAAAUCCAGUAACUUCUCCUGUGACGUCUCCAAUACAGCCAACAAAAGGACCAAGUCCUUCNAAGAUAGGACCGAGUCCAUCGAAUCCAGUAACUUCUCCUGUGACGUCUCCAAUACAGCCAACAAAAGGACCGAGUCCAUCNAAGAUAGGACCGAGUCCAUCAAAUCCAGUAACUUCUCCUGUGACGUCUCCAAUACAACCAACAAUAGGACCGAGUCCAUCNAAGAUAGGACCUCAACCAUCAAAUCCAGAAACUUCUCCUGUGACGUCUCCAAUACAACCAACAAUAGGACCGAGUCCAUCNAAGAUAGGACCUCAACCAUCGAAUCCAGUAACUUCUCCUGUGACGUCUCCAAUACAGCCAACAAUAGGACCGAGUCCAUCNAAGAUAGGACCUCAACCAUCAAAUCCAGAAACUUCUCCUGUGACGUCUCCAAUACAACAAACAAUAGGACCAAGCCCUUCNAAGAUAGGACCAAGUCCUUCNAAGAUAGGACCGAGUCCAUCGAAUCCAGUAACUUCUCCUGUGACGUCUCCAAUACAACCAACAAAAGGACCGAGUCCAUCUCAGAUAGGACCUCAUCCAUCAAAUCCAGUAACUUCUCCUGUGACGUCUCCAAUACAGCCAACAAAAGGACCAAGUCCUUCNAAGAUAGGACCGAGUCCAUCGAAUCCAGUAACUUCUCCUGUGACUCCAUCAAAUCCAGUAACUUCUCCUGUGACGUCUCCAAUACAGCCAACAAAAGGACCGAGUCCUUCNAAGAUAGGACCAAGUCCUUCNAAGAUAGGACCUCAUCCAUCGAAUCCAGUAACUUCUCCUGUGACGUCUCCAAUACAACAAACAAUAGGACCAAGCCCUUCNAAGAUAGGACCAAGUCCUUCNAAGAUAGGACCGAGUCCAUCGAAUCCAGUAACUUCUCCUGUGACGUCUCCAAUACAACCAACAAAAGGACCGAGUCCAUCUCAGAUAGGACCUCAUCCAUCAAAUCCAGUAACUUCUCCUGUGACGUCUCCAAUACAGCCAACAAAAGGACCAAGUCCUUCNAAGAUAGGACCGAGUCCAUCAACUCCAGUAACUUCUCCUGUGACGUCUCCAGUACAGCCAACAAUAGGACCAAGUCCUUCNAAGAUAGGACCGAGUCCAGUCGAAUCCAAGAAACGACCCCAACGACAAACUUCUCCUGUGACGUCUCCAAUACAACAAACAAUAGGACCAAGCCCAUCNAAGAUAGGACCAAGUCCUUCNAAGAUAGGACCGAGUCCAUCAAAUCCAGUAACUUCUCCUGUGACGUCUCCAAUACAACCAACAAAAGGACCAAGUCCAUCNAAGAUAGGACCUCAUCCAUCAAAUCCAGUAACUUCUCCUGUGACGUCUCCAAUACAGCCAACAAAAGGACCGAGUCCUUCNAAGAUAGGACCAAGUCCUUCNAAGAUAGGACCUCAUCCAUCGAAUCCAGUAACUUCUCCUGUGACGUCUCCAAUACAGCCAACAAUAGGACCAAGUCCUUCNAAGAUAGGACCUCAACCAUCGAAUCCAGUAACUUCUCCUGUGACGUCUCCAAUACAGCCAACAAUAGGACCGAGUCCAUCNAAGAUAGGACCUCAACCAUCAAAUCCAGAAACUUCUCCUGUGACGUCUCCAAUACAACCAACAAUAGGACCAAGCCCUUCNAAGAUAGGACCAAUAACUUCUCCUGUGACGUCUCCAAUACAGCCAACAAAAGGACCGAGUCCAUCUCAGAUAGGACCUCAUCCAUCAACUCCAGUAACUUCUCCUGUGACGUCUCCAGUACAACCAACAAUAGGACCGAGUCCAUCNAAGAUAGGACCUCAUCCAUCGAAUCCAGUAACUUCUCCUGUGACGUCUCCAAUACAGCCAACAAUAGGACCGAGUCCUUCNAAGAUAGGACCUCAACCAUCGAAUCCAGUAACUUCUCCUGUGACGUCUCCAAUACAACAAACAAUAGGACCAAGCCCUUCNAAGAUAGGACCAAGUCCUUCNAAGAUAGGACCGAGUCCAUCGAAUCCAGUAACUUCUCCUGUGACGUCUCCAAUACAACCAACAAAAGGACCGAGUCCAUCUCAGAUAGGACCUCAUCCAUCAAAUCCAGUAACUUCUCCUGUGACGUCUCCAAUACAGCCAACAAAAGGACCAAGUCCUUCNAAGAUAGGACCGAGUCCAUCAAAUCCAGUAACUUCUCCUGUGACGUCUCCAGUACAGCCAACAAAAGGACCAAGUCCUUCNAAGAUAGGACCGAGUCCAUCGAAUCCAGUAACUUCUCCUGUGACGUCUCCAAUACAACCAACAAAAGGACCAAGCCCUUCNAAGAUAGGACCAAGUCCUUCNAAGAUAGGACCGAGUCCAUCGAAUCCAGUAACUUCUCCUGUGACGUCUCCAAUACAACAAACAAUAGGACCAAGCCCUUCNAAGAUAGGACCAAGUCCUUCNAAGAUAGGACCGAGUCCAUCGAAUCCAGUAACUUCUCCUGUGACGUCUCCAAUACAACCAACAAAAGGACCGAGUCCAUCUCAGAUAGGACCUCAUCCAUCAAAUCCAGUAACUUCUCCUGUGACGUCUCCAAUACAGCCAACAAAAGGACCAAGUCCUUCNAAGAUAGGACCGAGUCCAUCAACUCCAGUAACUUCUCCUGUGACGUCUCCAGUACAGCCAACAAUAGGACCAAGUCCUUCNAAGAUAGGACCGAGUCCAUCAACUCCAGUAACUUCUCCUGUGACGUCUCCAGUACAACCAACAAAAGGACCGAGUCCAUCNAAGAUAGGACCUCAACCAUCAACNGAAGUGAUUUCUUCAGGUUUUUCAAANAAUGUGCCUACGCAGAGUCAGAAUUGGGAGAGAAUCAAGUAGCCAAAAUAUAGGUACUACAAGUUGUUUUAACAACGACUAAGAAUUUUCAUCAUCUU